ACAAGGCUUUUGUUGCUGAAUACAGCAGUUCAACAAGGCACCGCUGCCUUUCUUCUUCUCGUGUUCGAACAAGGCACCAAAUGUCCAACAAGGAGCCAGAAAUAAACAUAAAUAACCCUGGCUCUCUCCUUUCUCUCCCUUCCCUCUUUCCCCCCCAUCAUCAUUCUCAUCAUUACUUUGUCUUUGCAACUAAUCAUCAUCAUGGUUUCCAUUGUUCAGACGAACGCGCUCCCAGCUACCCGGAACGAAGUCAUCGACCUCUCGACUCCAACCAGCGGUUCCGCAUCCCCCAUUGCCAGAAGCAGCAGCAGCAGAAAGCGCGCUUUCGACGACGACGACGACGAGGAAGAGUUUCAUCGCGGACAGUUGUCUGGGAAAACUCUUCCCAAGCGAGUCAAACCCUCAGUCGAGGAGGACGGACACGAGGUUAUUGAGAUUGACGACGAUGAAGCAGACAGACAUCCGGUUCUGCUCAAUCACCUCGGCCGCCCUAUCCUGAGAUCGUCUAAAGCCGCUAUGGCAUACCUUGAAUUCCAGCUGUCCUUUGCUCGCUCAUUGCCAGACUGGACAGACGUGGAGAUCAGGACCGUCGCGCGCUCAGUUCUAACGAUCAAUCCUGACGUGGACUGGAGCCGACACUUGAACGAAGUUGAGCACUCUGUUGCCAACGACGAGGAUCCGUUCCCUGAUUUUACCGGUGGCGAGCCCUUCCCGAUCCCCAGCACCGCUAUCGUGGCUGCUCAGGCUUCCCCCAAGGUUCUACCCCACACCGGUGUACUCCGACUUCCGAGAGUAGACGACCUCGAGAGCUCUGACGACGAGUCCACCAGCAGCUACGACGAUAGCUCUGACGAUGAAUCGGUCGAAUCCGAGGACAAUUUCCGCCGCAACAUCGCCCCCUUCUUUUUCGAGUACAACACGAGCGACGACGAGACUUCUUCCGGCAGCAGCCGCGAGUCCAGCAGCGAACCCGUCCUCCCAACGAAUGUCACUGAGUCCGAAUACGUGAGCUCUAGUGAUUCCGACUCCGGCACCGAGACUCCUCCUACGGAUUACAGCAAGGAGGGCAUGCAUCAUCAUGGCAGUUCCAAUACCCAGCAAGAGUACUCCUCCGACGACGAAUACGAGAGCGACGACGAGGAUAUCCCCAGCGACGACGAGGACGACGAGGAUUACGUCGACGAGUAACCCUGUGAUACCCUCUCCCGGAUCUGCUGUGGUCUCUUUUUCUUUUUUCUAUUUUUGUUUCUGUGUGGUGGAGCUAAAAAGCUCUUGCUGUUCUUCGACUCCAACGGCUGUCAGUUUCUGUUGAUAUCAAAUCGAAGUGCAACAAGAGGAAGAAAAUACCAAAAAAAAAUUUGCUUUUCUGUUUUUC